UGACGCUGUCAUGUCAACGAACUGAUGAACUUGGCGGUUUCGGUCUUAAAAUUGGCUAGGUGAACCCUAAAAUGCCCCCAAAGAAGCGUGAAAAAGAUAGUGAAACAAACAAAAACUCUAAAAUCGAUCACUUACAGGCUGACCAUGAGUUAUUCCUACAAGCCUUCGAAAAACCAACACAGAUAUACAGAUUCUUGCGGACGCGAAAUAUGUUGUCGCCAAUAUUCCUCAACAGGACAUUGUCAUAUAUGAAGCGGAGAAUGUCCAGGAGCAAUAAAAGUCGCGUCGGUUUCAAAGUAGACUCCUUGUUGGAGAAGAUUACAUUGAAGAAGAGCACGGAACUACAGCCUAAUAGCUUAGGUGGUUAUAUGACUUUGACAUUCCUUGGAUUUUAUGACAAAAGCUUAGAAGACCCUUGCUCCAGAGACUUUCAGGUCAAAGUUGAAACUCUUUUAUUGAAGAUUUGUCACAAAAAAAGGAAAGAAAGUUCUUCAGCGAUUGUUGAAGUUUCAGUGGGCAGUUGUUCUGUACCUCUCAACCCAUCAACCUCUGAGCCGCCAGCCAUGGCUUCAGCGGUCAGCAUCUCUAGUGACACAUUUAGCCCAUCCCACGGCCCUAAUGUCAAGUCCUACAUGUUAAUGUUAAGAGUUACUGUCACUAAGAUCUGUAACUCUAAUGGAUCUACCUCUGCAGAGAUCACAAACGGUGAUAGCGAUGAACCUCUAUCCAAACGUCUCAAAUCAUCAACAGACCUAAACUCACCAACCACGGAUAACAAAUGGAGCAAGCUCUAUGGUAGUGAGCUGAUUGUCUAUGACAAGCACAACCGAUGCCUUCUUACGAAUGGGGAAUAUGAUCUAGUACUACACGAUGUCACACCUGGAGGUCGCAGCGCCACUAUAGCACGGUCUCCGCAUAAAGCUCUGAUGGCUCAGUGGGAAACUAUACCUAAUGAAAAUGAUUUUACAUCAGAGACAAACCCAUUCAACAUAUUCAAAGUGAGACCGUUAUUGAAACUGAAACUAAGCUGGAGUCAGGAGCCCACUAAUGGUUUAGUGAACAGACCAAAGUUGUACCAACAAGGGGAGAGCAAUGGAGUCAAGAAGGAAACUAAUUCCACCAAAGAUAGACUUUCCACACAGAAAGUUUCCACUAGUGAUAGUAAAAAUGAAAAACUAAAAGCGGAAUCAAAUGGAGGCGAGUCGAAACGUCAACAGAUUAUAUACCAAUUCCUGUACAACAACAACUCCAGACAACAGACGGAAGCCUGUGAUGAUCUACAUUGUCCGUGGUGCUCUCUGGACUGCGGCACUCUAUACUCUCUGCUCAAACACUUGAAGCUGUGCCAUUCCAGAUUCAACUUUACAUAUUUCCCGAUCCCAGGAGGCGCCCGUAUCGACGUAUCAAUAAACGAGCUAUAUGACGGCUCAUACACCGGGUCACCCCACGACCUCAUCGCGGCGCAGGGCCGGAGCAGCACCGCGGGCCCUCGGGCCGGGCCUACACGGAGGGCCUCACUCACACACCUGUUGGUUUGGAGGCCUCGGAUAAGAAGGAGGCCCCAAAUACACAGUUUGGCAGAGUUUUUGGAGCUAGAUGAUAAUGAUAUCGUGGACGCGCAGAGGCCUUAUCUUACUGGACAUAAUAGACUCUAUCAUCACACAAUAACCUGCCUACCAGUUUACCCUAACGAAUUAGACAUCGAUUCCGAAAGUGAAACCGACCCGCUAUGGCUGCAACAGAAAACCAUGAUGAUGAUUGACGAAUUCACUGAUGUGAAUGAAGGAGAGAAGGAGCUUAUGAAAAUGUGGAAUUUGCACGUCAUGAAAUACAACUAUGUCGGCGACUGUCAAAUCCCUCUAGCCUGUCAAAUGUUCCUGCAAAUGAAGGGGAAGGAGUUAUUAGAAAAGAAUUUGUAUAGAAACUUUACACUCCACAUGUGUUCUUUACACGAUUUCGGGUUACUGAGCCCGGUAGCUUUAUAUCAAACUGUGCAAAUGCUCAAUCAAAUGUUAGCGGAUAGUGCUGAGGCCAAAGAAAAGAUGAGGGACUCCUUAAAAGCUCAGAGAGAGCAUUGGAAUGCGGUCGGGAAGUACCAGCAACCGGUUAUUAUAGAACAGAAACCUAUAACGGCCACAGCGAAGUUGAACAACGUAGAAGCGUCACCAUCCGUUAGAAGAAAAACUUCUAAUCUCCAGAACGCCAAUAGGAUGGCGAGCGCUAGUUCCAAUUUCAAAUCGGCCAGUCCCGGACCAAUCGGGGAGAAUAAAAGGAAAAUGUCCUCGGGGAGUAUACAGAGCAGGAAACGGUCUUCUAUAUCGGAGAGGAAAAGUUCUGUAUAGCGUUUAAUCAGUAUUUAGUUUUUGGACUGGUCUCCUUGUAAUGAUCGCAUAUCAACAGUCGGUGCAAUACAUUUUUCAGUACUGAAAACGCGGGUGAAACUACGGAUGUACGGAAUAAAUGUGUGCUAAUGACGUCAUCAUCUCUUUAGCCAACCUCUAGUAAGAGUUUUCACGUCGCGAAUACUUUGACGGUUUUCGUAAGUUAUGAUUAAAAAAAUUCUAAUCUUUGUUUUAAAAUCGUGGAUGCAGUAUAAAUGCGUUAAAACUAACAAUAGGAAUGACUUUCCGCCAUACUGUGACGUUUUAUCUGGAAAUAUAUUUUGAUUGAAUAACAGUAUUAUUUUUAAUAGAUUUUGUAGUUCUAAAACAAUCAAUAUGAUGCAGAAGUUCUUACAAUCUGUUCUUACAAAAAUGUUCUUACUGGGUGAACUAAUCAUUGUAGGUUAGGUAUAUUUCAAACACCAGUUUUGUUUACGAAAACUACAGAAACUCAGGUUGUCUUACAAGUCGCGUUACAAUGACAUAUUUGGUAUCAAACAAUGAUAAUAUAUUGUAUGUAAAAAAAAAGCAGAUAUGUUACAUACACAUCUAAAAUGACAAGUGAAGACAUCACUAUACAACAUCGCUAACUACCGCAUUUGUGUCCUUUUUGUAGAGCACUAUCUCUUGUGCUCUUGUGCGUUUUUAUUUUUGUCUUUCUCAUCAGCGAGAACACAUUUUAUACUCCAUAAUAUAAGAACAUAACUAUGGUAAAUAUCAUUGGUGUCAAGAUAACAUUAUAUUGUCAUAAAUAUCAUUGGUGUCAAGAUAACAUUAUAUUGUCGGUCACUGUAUUUCAUACUGUACCUGCCAGAAAAAAAGAAUCGACCUAUACCUACUAAGGGUACUGAUGACGUCAUUAGUAAUAGCGUCAAUACUAAAAAAAUGCUUUGUUUUCGGUCGUGUACGAUCAGUUUAACUCGAACUUGAGGCUUCGAGUGUCGCCUGUGCAGGCAACUCGUAAAUCGUAAUGUCAGACUGGGCUCAGUCUGACGGUUCAUCUAGUUUUAUAACGGACGCAAUAUCGUCUAAUAGAUAUAAAAAAAUGAGACAAAUCAUGUCUGUACAUUGAUAUUCUGUUCUUUUAACUUGUUAGUGGUGUAGUCUAGGUGGAAUGUGUUAAGGUCGAUGAUGUAGGAAUAAGGCUCAAGGUACAUUGACGCGUCGAAGCGACGUGAAGCGUCAAACUCACAAAGAAUGACGUGCGCUUUCACUCGCAAUGCAUCAGUUGCCUGCUAAUUAUUAUUAUUAUUAAUUCAUGAAACUGCUUCGAUGGUCCAGUGGCUAACUUGUUCAGCUGCGGAUAACGCGGUCUCAUUUUGGAGUCUUGGGUUAGCCGUUAAUGUAACUGGAAAAUUCCUAUUACUUUAACUGUGAAUUCCUAGGACUAUACUAUUCUCAGUUAUAUAUAACUGAGAAUUUCUAAAAAGAAAACUCUUUCUAGAAAUUCUCAGUUCUGUCUAAGAAUUCACAGUUGGGAAGUUGGUGGUGUUACCCGUGCCUUGGAGCGCACGUAAAGUUGUCGAUCAUGCGCUUGCUCUCUCUCCAGUCGUGUCGAGUUGCCGCCUCAUUGGACUAUGAGAGUAAGGAAAUAGAGCGUGCCCCCUGUUUACGCAUACGAUUGUAAUAUUUCCCGAAGAGUUGGCUAAUCUCUGUUGAGAUGGCUGCUGUUGUCUAAAUUAGGUUGAGAUGAGCAAAUUCAUUAGUUCAGUUACAUUGAAGUAGCGUGAAUGGCUUUAAAGUUAACUAUACAUUAUCUAUAAAGCAUAGUUUGACUUUGCUCAGACUUUACUUAAAGUUAAAACAAGGCAGUUAUAUAUCUCACGUAAAUCUGUCGCAACUCUAAGGGAAAAGUACAAUUUGUAGAUCGCAGCCUUAGUAAUUUAGAGUAGAGGUAUCGCUGCGCUUCGCGUAUGCGCCAAUGUGGCUUGAGCCUAAUAUACCUAAUUCUAUAUUCCCAUACAUCUAAUCAGAGAAAGGAAUAUAAUAAUUAUGUUAUUUGUAUCGUUCCAAACAUGUAGUUGGUUUUU